UGAUCUGAAGCUCUGUAAAUACGAUGCUGACCCCAUUAGCACGGUGAACUGAUCGGUCUGAACGCAGGCAACCAAAGGAACGAGUGCAAUCUGCUGCAGCGAUGGUGGUGGAGGGGGACCGGACGCUGCUCGCCGCGAGGCAAGGGGACGUGCAGACUCUGAAAGUGCAAUUAGCGCAAAAAGCCGUCACCGGCGACGUCAAGGAUGGGCUGGGGGCUUCACCGGUCCACCACGCAGCCCGGGCCGGGAAACUAACCUGCCUGCGAUUCCUGGUGGAGGAGGCAGGGCUGCCGGGUAACUGCCUGGCUAACAACGGGGCAAGCCCGGCGCAUGACGCAGCAGCCACCGGCAACCUGGCCUGCUUACAGUGGCUGCUGACCCAGGGUGGAUGUCGGCCAGAGGACAGGGACAGUUCUGGUGCCACCGUUCUCCACCUCGCAUCCCGCUUCAGUCACCACGAGAUCACUGACUGGCUGCUGAAGAGUAGCGAGGUGGACCCUGGGGCGUCCACCGAUACAGGCGCCGUACCUGUUCACUAUGCUGCUGCCAAGGGAGACAUGCCCUCUCUCCGACUGUUACUGGGGCACAGCCCAAACGUUGUCAAUUCCCAAACUAAGAAUGGUGCCACUCCACUCUACCUGGCCUGCCAGGAGGGUCAUCUGGAGGUCGUCCAAUACCUGGUCAAGGAUUGCGGGGCAGAUCCGAACAUCAGAGCCAAUGACGGGAUGACACCUCUGCAUGCUGCUGCCCAGAUGGGCCACAACACUGUCAUCGUCUGGCUAAUGAGUUUCACAGAGAUCAGCCUGACAGACAGGGAUAAUGACGGGGCCACGGCCAUGCACUUUGCAGCCAGUCGGGGCCAUGCAAAGGUGCUCAGCUGGCUGCUGCUGCACGGCGGAGAGAUUGUCACUGACAACUGGGGAGGGACCCCGCUUCACGACGCGGCAGAGAACGGCGAACUGGAGUGCUGUCAGAUCCUUGUGGUCAAUGGGGUAGACCUGGGCAUCAGGGACCAGGACGGCUUCACAGGAGCAGACCUGGCUGAGUACAACGGCCACUCCCAGUGUGCCAAAUAUCUGCGCACUGUGGAGAACAUGAGUGUGGAGCAUCGCGUUUUGUCUCGGGACCCCUCAAUGGACCUCGAGUACAAGCAGCCGGACUCGGGCCUCUCGUCCCCAAAUACCACCAUGCCCCCUGCCAGCCAGGCGGCACACUUUGACAUCAGUUCACCAUCCAGCUCCCUGUCCAACUACGACUCAGCCAACUCCAGCCAGUCCAGCACUGGGGAGAAAAGGAGCAGCUUAACAACGUCACGCGGCCCGCCCGCUCAGCUGAACACAGUCGCACACACAGGUGCAUCAGAGUCAGCCAUUUCAGACAUGCAGGCAUAUAUGGACAUGCUAAACCCAGACAUUGGCUCUGACAUGCCCAAGAAGAAUGAGAUACCUGCUGAUGCCACCUCCAAGCCCCCGCCACCACCAACCUAUCCACCACCGCCUCCCCCACAGUCUCCCCCGUUGCCCCCUCCACCCCCAGGCUAUCAAGCACCACAGCCCCCUCAGGAGCCGACGUCAGCGGAGUUCCUGAAGGUGAAAAGCAACCUGCGACACGUGGGAAGCAACAGCAGCAAGACGGAGCAGCUGACUCCUGGAGAUAAACACGACAAACUGCGACGUGUGGAUUCAAACAGGAAGUCAAGGAGCUUCAGCAAGCAGCCUAGCACUGGGGACUACUACAAGACCCUGGGCAGCGACACAGCCGAGCCCCGAGAGAGCAAAGGCAUGGCGCCCAAUGAGGAGGGCUCCGUGUUAUUGGAGGAGCCUACAGACAGCCCUGCUCACAGCUCAGAGAAUGGCACCACAGAGGAAUCCGCUGCACCCCCUCCUCCUCCUCCUCCACCUCCGCCUCCUCUUCCCCCAAGCAACCCCACGCCAACACCCCCUCCACCUCCUCCACUGCCCCCGGAGACGACAACCGCCCAGCAUCACUCUGCCAGUAGCACCUUCACCAACCAGCGACGCCUAUCUUCCUCAUCAGGAAGCACAAAAUCUUUCAACAUGAUGUCCCCCACUGGCGACAACUCAGAGCUGCUGGCAGAGAUCAAAGCAGGGAAGAACCUCAAGCCAACACCUCACAGUAAAGGCUACACCACUGUCUUUACCAACAGCGGACCCACAGGCAACAAUGAAAACACCACAUCUCCGCCAGAGACCCGCACAUCUAGCCCAGUAGCCAAGUCCCCAUCCCCUCCUCCAUCCAAUAAGUCUGUCACCUCCCCACCAAACACCCCUAGUCCCAGCCCCAGUCCCACUGGCUCCGGAUCUGCCAGGAUGAUGUCGUCAUCUGCAAGUUACGAGCAAUUGUCCUCCAACUCUGUGAUCAAUGGGAACAAUGACGGCACGGCAGGAGCAGAGUCGGGCCGGAAGAUGAGCCUUGCGGAUGUGGAGGCGCUGGUGCCCACUCAUGACGAACAGGGGAAAGCAAUCCCUGAAUGGAAGCGGCAGGUGAUGGUGCGAAAGCUUCAGGUCAAGAUGCAAGAUGAGGAGGAGCACAAGCGCAAGGAUGAUGAGGAGACUGCACGCCUGGCGUCGAUGCCGGCCUGGAGGAGAGACAUGAUGAAGAAGAAAAUGGACGAAGAGAAGGAACAAAAAAGAAAAGUGGAGCAGCAGGCCAAACAGGUCAAGGAGAUGGAGGAGAAGACGGAGCAGGAGCGACUACGGAACCUGGGCUACGACGAGACCAAGCUGGCCCCCUGGCAGCGACAAAUCAUUCUGAAGAAAGGGGAUAUAGCCAAACAGUGAACUGGACCGUCUCCUCUUCCUCUGCCCCGCAGCACUCCCUCCUCCUUCACACACCAACCCCAAGGCCUUCACUGAACACCUCCCCAUCCCAGAUCCUCCGUCCUGCACUGUACACUGGACAGUGGGGAGGAGCUUGUCUCCUCUGAACCCUGUCCCACUCUUCGACCUGCAGAAACAAGUCCAUGUCGUGGUUGCUGCUGUCCACGCCUGCUUUGAGACUCAGCUUGGGGGGCAUUACCUGCCACCUCCCAUUGAAAGUCUCAUGGACACAAACUUUUGGUCUUUUAGUGCUAACAAUAGCUGUGACAUGCACUGAUUCUCCUCACUUAAGACAUUUGCUAUAAACGCAUAUGUCCUUAACUAAAUUGAGAUUUUGUGUAGUAUUUAUCUAAUUGCUUUCCUGCAAAUCUAUAGAAACUAUUUCACAUAGAAGAUACUCAGAGAAUGAGGUUAGUGAUAGAGGGAACGGGGCUACUCGUGAGCAUUCAUGUAUAUUUUACCUUUAUUAAACACACUCACCGUUAUGUAAUAAAUGGAAAAGUAACUCCAAAACAGUUGUGUCAUGUGAAGAUGGCAUGGACAUACUCAGCAAAGGCUUAUUAAACCCUGAAGCAGCUAAUGCGUUCUGUAUGUAGACAAUAUCCCAUCGUUGUCAUAUUAUAUACUUAGUCAUAAGAUUUUUGUAUCAAGCUCAUAGAAGCUCUUUCUAAAUGGCUUCAUUUUACUGCCAGAGAGGUAACCCUAACACUGCUCAAACUAAUCUCUUUCUUUAGAUAAGCUUGUUGUCAUUUCUCUGUGCAUUUGAAAUAUUGAUAUAUAUCAUAUUUUAAAUAAUGUAAAGAUUACGUAGCUGUGCAAAUUGAAUUUGACUAAUUAUCACUGGAAAAAAGUUUCGAUGUUCCAAAUUAAUUUUCUAUAUGUGACCUAAAUGUUAAACUGUUGUGAUCAUGAAUGUGAAAUGUUGCGUGCAUGUGUUGCAUAAUGUGUAUCGAGCAUAAUGUGAUGUAUUAUGAUGCCCAUUUGACCCCAGGACCCUGGAAUUGUAGUGGGAAAAAAAACUAAAGACACACAAUGUGAGUACAAUCCUGCUACGUUUCUAUUUGAACAUGGCUUUUUCUUCAUAAAACAUGCACAUGUGAAUCGCAGCAUCUUACACCAGACGUCUCAUCUGAUCACUGAAUAUUGCAAAAGUAGAGAAAAGACAUCGGUUUGUCCUGCAUCCUGUUCCGGCCUUCGUCCCACUAACCUGGAGGAUAAAUCUUUGAUGAGCAGAUCUGCUUACUGAAUACAGAGUGCUCUCUGUCUGCCACAAACAGCAGUAACAUCACAAAUCUAAUCUAUAAUCUGUAGACGCUAGUGUAAAGAUUCUAGUUUCAAUGUCUUCAGCUCAAACAUCUGAUUAUGAUUUAUACAAUGUACUGUAUAAUUCACAUUCAGGCAAAUACUUUUCAGAACUGACACAAAUGCCAGGUUGAUAAUUAUACCAUUUAUUUUAUUCAGUUUCUUUUAGUUCCAGGUGUUCAAGCAUUCCUAGGAUUCACACAUUUGUUGGACAUGGGUUUAUCAAUUUGGGGAUAAAUAUGGAAAUGUGGGAAAACUGUGUUGAAUGUUUUUGGCAGAUCUGAGGAGACACAUUUGAAAUGUGAGCAAAGCAUAAAUCUGACAUUUAAGAGCAACUGAAUGUCACUAUCAUGCCGGAUGUCUCUUGCUGAGCGUGACACACAAGUGUUCCCACACAAUGGAAAAUAUUCUCUAUGUUUACUACAUUUAUGUUGGAUGUACAUUUUUGCAGGUUUAGGAUUUGGAGCGUACGCGUCAUGAAAGACAUGGUCCUGGUCGGGGAAUCAUUUGGAACUAUUCUAAUUCACUUUCAUCGGAUGCCAUAUGAUGUUGAAAUUGAAAAAUGAUGUUAACGUCAUUGCCAUUUGAUUUUCUAUAUAUAUUUAAACUCUGUAUAUAGUGACCCUCUCAGAUUUUUGUUGUUUCAUUGUUUCCAUAUUGCAUUAUAUUACAUGUCUCAGCCUUGCUUGAAUAGAAUGUUGGCUAAUGCAUGUAUAAUUAUAUUUUCAGACUGUUGAAGACAAUAAAUCUUUAA